UCUUGAAUGGUACGAAGCCAGUACGGUUGUCUCGGCCGUUCGCAAGGAUUCCUCGACAAUCCAGUAAAGUUGUUGAGAGAGGGAGAGCCAUUGGCACUUUACUGAUGAAUCGGAAGCGAAUGAUUUUAUGCUGGGAUCGAAAAGUUUGCUAAAAUCGAACUGGAACAGGAAAAACUUGACCACGCGUAAGUCAGCUGAAGUGCGGUGUUUGUCUUCACAUACAGUUUAUUGUCCAUAAUUCUGAAGAAGUGCUUCGACGUUGUAAUGGUUGUAAUGGUUUCAGCGUGUUGUUGAGAACCUGGCAAGGCAAGUUCGAACAUUCUGAUUUUUAAUCGUAACAAAUCACGCUAAUAAUAUAUUUCUUGAUUAUAAUGAAAUUGAAACUGAUUUGCCUGAUUUGCAUUUAAAUCUUCCUGGUUUGGGCGGUUUAUAAUUUAUGAUGGAAAAACAGAAAGGACAUUUGGACGAUCUCAUGUCCUUCUCCUCCGAUGAAGAAGACAAUGUUGCCACAAGGUCUGAUCCUUCUUGGUUGAAUGUCUUAUCUUCCGAAUUCGAAAGAAUUGGUAGAAGUCCGCCUAGCGCUGACACAGCUCGCUCGCUGUCACCGACCUUCCUUAUUUCUAACGGCCAACAAACAAGCAGCCUUCGAAACGAAAAUAACCUUUCGAACCGAGCGUUGCAUUCGACUAAACCACGAGCAAGAUUGACACAUUCAGGUCAUGUUAGUGAUGAAGAACACUCACAUUUGUUCAAUUUUACGACCGCCACUGCCAAUGCGACAGGUCGUGGUAGUCUUUUUGAAGAAGCGAACAGAUUACGGGCAUCUCGUUCUUGGGAUGACCUGUCACCGCCUGGAAGCCCAGUUAAAAAAACAAGCAAAGUCGCGGAAUUCCCUCACGGUGGAUUUCCUAACUAUCACACGUUAUUUAGGCCCCCAUCAGAAGUGUUGAACUCUCAGUCUCAAAGUUCAUCCGCUCUUAGUGGCCAAGCAGAGGUUGAAAAUGCUCAAAGUGAACACUCCUACACCUCUAGACCUAGUGUUACUUUGAAAGGUCAGGGUUCAGAUGUUGGAAUGGCAAGUGCAGAUCAGUCUUUCAGCUGUGAUACCUCAUCAAAUUCUGGCAAUGAACACCCCUAUGGUUCCAUCACUUUAAAGCGAAAAUUGCAUCUUGGAGAAUCAUUCAGAAAGUCAAUCAAGGACAAAACUUCGUUAGAAGGAAAAUUGGUCAAAGACACUGUUUUCUUUCCAUCGGAGACAACUCACAAUGCGCACAGCCUUAAGACAGAUGCCAGAAAUAUAAGACGUUUGACAGUGAACCUCCCCAAUGAAAAUGAAGUUCGUGGGCUUCGACAGUCCUCAAAGGAGUCAAGCACUCGAUGCAAACCCGUUUCCUCUGGUCGAUCACCCCCAUUCAAGAUUCCCAAUCGCCCGGCCUCUGCUUCUCUGCCGAUCAAAAAGUCACCGGGUGCAUCAAGGAACAGCAGUGGUUGUGAGUCAAAGUUUCUCUUCUUUGGAGAUGGUCUGUUUGAUGUCGCCAAAGAGAGGAAUGAAGAGGCUGUUGCCUUUAGUGCUAUGAUGACCUCUGUCAGGUCAAACUUUCGCUGGGAUGAAGAAACGAACGCCGGCCAUGUUUUAAGUCCCACGAUACCCUAUGAUCACGAAACAUUUCCGAACAACACCGAUGCUUUUAUUGCCAUCUACACCGAUCAGCGGCAGGACACCCUCAAGUUCACCUUUAGUGUACAUAGCCGUGUCUGCAAAAUAAUCGAGCUCGCCCUGAGUUGUCUGUCAAAUGAUAGUAAAUCACUAGAGUAUAACUCAUCUGCAGUUUGUGUACUUAAAGUUUGCGGACGUUCCGAGUACCUGGAAUCAAACGGAGUCCUUAUCCAGUAUGGAUAUGUACAGGAAUGCAUCAAAUUUAAGCGUGAGGUUGAACUUGUCCUCCUCGAGAGUUGGCAAGUUUCAAGACAGCUGGCUCGUACUGAAGAAGAUGACUUAGAUGGCAUUGUUUCCCACAACUACAAAGAGUUUUUUGACUGCUCUGUGACUACCGCUGUGUCGAGAUAUGGGCUGACUGUACUGUUAGAGGCAUUUAAUCAAGAACUGGUCAGACUCUUGGAAGAAACUACCGAUUACACCAAGCCACGGUUUGAGCCAAGUCGUACAAUCCAAGCUGUGAAAGCCAUCUGUGCCACCUUGGCAACCCUGGAAACGAAAGAGUUGAUCGAUUCCAUCCGCAUUUUACAAAAUCUACAAAAGGCUGUCGAGGUUUCUGAUAGAAUGGUUCCUAACCAGCUCGAUUUGAACGAUGCCCUCUCAAAGUUGCAAUCAGCUGUUAUGCUCCUUAUAGAGAUGUACUGCGAUGCGUUUGAUACCGAGUUUGUUCCCACCCGGAUAGAGAGACCCAAACUUGCCGGAUCCAUAGAGGUUACAGCCAUGACAGACAACGUCCGUAUCCAAGUGGCCUUCGCCCAUCGACUGCCUCCGCGAUGGAACCAAGACUUCGAAAGCUUUGAAGUUCAUGGUGGAAUUUACUAUGGGGGGCGCCUGACGUGCCCAUUAGAAGUGACGAAGCAAAUUAAGAUCGCCCGAAAUUUCUUCGACCAACUUAUGUGGAAUGAAUGGCUGCAAUUCAAGCUGCAAGUUCGUCAACUCCCUCGUGAGUCUCGUGUAUGUUUCACACUUUAUGGCGUUCCCCCGAUCAGCAAAGGAAACACCUUGAAUACCAGUAGAACUCCACUUGGGUGGGUUGCACUACCACUCUUCGAUUUCAAGGGUGUUUUGGUGUCGGGAACGCAUCUCCUUGGUUUAUGGCCGGAUGACACGGGCAACCCAGUCGGCACUUGUACAUCUAACCUGCUACACCCAUCCAGUGUCAUUCUGCAAGUCGAAUUCGAACGAUAUUUGGCUGACAUUGUCUUUCCUGAUUUCGAAAGCAACGGCUGGUUACCCUCCGAUGAAACGGAUCGCUGUGAGCCGCAACCCCAAACCGCUGAAGUAUACAAAAAUAUUUUGGAGAAAGAUCUCUUCAAUGAACUGAAGCCAGAGGAGAGUGAACUUCUCUGGGAACAUCGCCACUACUGCAUGUCAGUCCCAAAAGCUUUACCUCUCAUCUUGUCUGCAGCACCAUCUUGGGAGUACGGUUUCCUUCCAGAAAUCUACAAUCUUUUGGCAUCUUGGGCCCCUUUAAAACCAGUUGAUGCUAUGGAGCUGCUUAAGGUCAAUUUCCCAGACACCCGUGUGAGAGAUACGGCAGUGCAGUGGAUGGAAGCAGUGGUUGAUGAUGAAUUGUGCGAUUACCUUCCUCAGCUCGUCCAGGCCUUGAAGUAUGAAAUCUAUCACGACUCCUCUUUGGUUCGCUUUCUUGUCCGCCGGGCUCUUGCCAGUGUCAGAGUUAUGCAUUAUCUCUUCUGGUACCUGAAGGACACUAUCAGUGAUUCUCAGUUCGGUCAGCGGUUCCAAAUUAUUCUCGGGGGUCUGUUGAAUAUCUGUGGAAAUGCCCAAAGGUGCGAGUUUACCUUUCAAGACGAAGUCGUCGCCGACCUUGCAGAAGUAGCCCGGAAAGUCAAAACCUCAAGAGACUCCUUACGAAUGAAUGUCCUUCACCAAGAACUAGCAGUGGUAGCUGCUAACUUUGGUCCAACCUUUAGGCUUCCAAUAGGCCCAAGUUAUGAGGUUAAGGGUGUUAACGUUCCAGCCUGUGGAUACUUUACAUCGAAUUCUGCGCCAUUGCGACUCAUUUUCAAGAGCGUUGACCCGUUUGGCGAAGAUAUCCACGCAAUGUUCAAAGCUGGGGACGACAUGAGACAAGACAGGCUUAUCAUGCAGCUUGUAGGAAUAAUGAACAAGAUCUGGUUACGAGAAGGAAUCGAUUUAAAAGUAAUCACGUACCAAUGUGUGGCAACUGGCGUGGGAAUGGGGAUGGUGGAAAUUGUGAAAGAGUCGGUCACGCUUCGAGAAAUCCACACUGAGCUGGGUCUGACAGGGUCUUUCAAGGAUGAGCCAAUUGCACGUUGGAUCAAAAAGUACAACACUGGCGACGACAGCUACCACCAAGCUGUGGAGAAUUUUAUAGCAUCAUGUGCAGGUUACUGCGUCGCUACCUACGUCCUUGGUAUCUGCGAUCGACACAACGAUAAUAUCAUGAUCAAGAAAAGUGGUCACAUGUUUCACAUUGAUUUCGCCAAGAUCCUUGGAAACGCUCAGAUGUUCGGUACAUUUCGACGAGAUCGGGCUCCCUUCGUCUUGACUCCGGACAUGGCUUUCGUCAUAAACGGAGGCUACCAGCCCAGUAGUCGUUUUCAAGACUUUGUAGACCUUUGCUGCAAAGCGUUCAACGUCAUCCGACGCCACUCCAACUUGCUUCUCAAUUUGCUAUCCUUGAUGCUGAAUUCUGGCAUAUCCUCCUUGAGUCAGGUGGAAGAUUUGAAGUACAUUCGAGAUUCAUUGCUUCCAGAUUCCUCAGAAGGAGAAGCUACGGCGGCGUUCACCAGACUAAUCGAGGCUAGUCUGUCAUCAUGGUUCACUCAAGUCAAUUUCUUUAUUCAUAAUGUCGCUCAGAUCAGAGACGUUAGUCAACUACGACUCUCGACAGCUACAAACGCUAGCGUAAGCUCUGUUCUUUCUUUCGUUCACGGAACAUAUUCUGUCGACUCAGAUGGGUUGGUAGAAUCUGCCCGUGUUGUGGACUUCCAUAAGCGCUACAGUCCUGAGAAGUAUUACGUUUACGUUGUGAACAUUUGCCGAGUUGGCGACGAAGAACCGGCGUUUGUUUUUCGCAGGUUUAGCCACUUCCACGAGCUACAUUCAAAGCUCUUGGAGGCUUUUCCGGAAACCAGUCUGCCCAAACUUCCUAGCAAAAUCUACAUUCGUCGUUCGCAGAUCCGUGUUGUUGCCGAGCGGAGACGAAGUGACCUUGAUGAUUACAUCCGCCAUUUACUGAUGCUGCCUCCUGAAGUUUCAGAAUCGGAACUUCUGUACACAUUCCUUCAUUCUCUUCAGCAAGACAAGAACGACGCACGGUUGUUCUCGGCUCCCUUGCUUCCGGAGGAAAAACGAAAUCGCCAGAGAGUCAUUGGAGGACAAGUGAAGUUGCAGAUUCGGCACGAGCGAGAUGCCCUUCGCGUCAUGAUUAUGCACGCGAAAGAGUUAUCUGCAAGAAAUACAACAUAUUUGGCAGAUCCUUACGUCAAACUAUACCUCCUUCCAGAUCCUAAUAAGGCCACAAAACUCAAGACCAAGAUUGCACGGAAAACACUUAACCCAACAUUUAACGAAUCAUUAUUGUACAGUUUGCCGGAGCACGAAGCCAGACGGCGCCAUCUUCAGGUCACUGUACUGGAUCACGAUUAUAUGGGCGAGAACGAAUUUCUCGGUGGAGUAAUCAUCGAUCUGUCACAAGCUGAGCUUAAGACGUCUGUGGCUCAGUGGUUCACCCUGACGGAGAUUAGAAAACCACCAUGAUCACAAACUACUUGUAUGUCACCACUCCUUGAGAGAUGAAGCUGGAGGUGCUGCAUCAUGGAAACUACGCCUUAGAGCCCGUAGCGAUGCACUGGUGUGCCAAUCACAUUAGAAUGAAAUGAACAAUAGUUUUGAUCAAAUUUAAUGGUGUCUAGCACCAAAGCAAGCAGAAACGAUGAACAACAUAGUUAGAGCCCUUUGUUUUUUCAUUGAAGUCAAUAAGCACGCAUUUGGAAUCCACAGUAAAGUAUUCUGUAAGGAUGCAGCGGCGUCAAGAAGAUCGCGAUUUGCUUCCCGCCUAUGAACGUUUAGUUAGGUCCACACGCCGCAGUGAAUAUGGAAAGUUCCAAAAGGAGAAACUGAAACUUCACAUUAUGACGUGGAGAGAUGCAAGUACGCUUCUUUGUUUGUUUAACCACACUCGUUCACUUGUUUUUUUAUCACAUCAAUGCCAUAGUAUAGAAUAGGUCAAAAUCAAGUCUUCGUUCAAUACUAAUUAGAUUUGCAAGAUUUAAAGUUGCCAGACAGAAUAUAGUACAAUGAUAUGACUGAAAGCCAAUACAACUGAAAUAUUUUCUUGAUCGAAUGAAAAGGUUUGCUUCCUCAGUGUUAAUUAGUCAAUUUGAUGGAACAUAUCUUGUUUGAAGUUUAGAAAGCCAGUAUGUAAUAGGAUUUCACAGGAGGUGAAAAAUACGAUUGAUGGUAGUAGCUAAUAGAGCGUUUUUCAGUUGAGUGUCGUUAAACCAAGUUCAAAAACGAAAACCAAAGCAAUCACAACAGCCAAUCAUUGCAAGGAAAUAGAGAGAUUAAGUUUAGCUUUUACUUGAAACGGCAAACGUCAGCUUUCUCUUUCACGUUUCAUGUAAAAAUAUCGUGAACCUUGCUGCGUCAACUUCCACGUGAGCUCACGUCAUGGAUGGAUUUGAAGGCGCCCUUGUAUGACUUUAAUACAAGGAAUAGUUUUGAUGCCCUUU